CUUGUUCCAACUUCCUCGUCAUAAAGUUCUGCAAACCACCACUUCUAGAACUAUGGCUCACAUAACUACUGAAGGAGUUGGUAAGAAUGGAAUUUACUGGGCUAUCGGUGGAGUUACUUUCUUCAUUGCCUCAGCUACAUUAGUUCAAACACAAGGUUUAGUAACAUGGGGUGGCCCACCUAAGAAAGUAAAUUUCAAUCUGGCUCCUGCCAGUUCAGCUGGAUCUGAAGCCAGCCCUGCCGAGCCUGCAGCCAGUACCGAGGCUGCUCCAGCAGAAGGGUCAACAACUACAGGUCAAGAUGAGCCAGAUUCUAGUUCAGAAUCAGCUGUGAGUACUGAAGAACCUGUUGCCGAAGAAACUCCCGUGGUUUCUAGUUCUGAGGAAUCUGAAGCCAAAGAAACACAGGUAGUACCUGGUACUGAGGAAACUGCAUCUGAAGCAGUUCCUAGUACAGAAGAGCCUGCAACAGAAGAUUCUAGUUCAGAAUCAGCUGUGAGUACUGAAGAACCUGUUGCCGAAGAAACUCCAGUGGUUUCUAGUUCUGAGGAAUCUGAAGCCAAAGAAACACAGGUAGUACCUGGUACUGAGGAAACUGCAUCUGAAGCAGUUCCUAGUACAGAAGAGCCUGCAACAGAAGAUACCCUAGUGGUAGCUGCUGUGGAUGCAACACCAGCUGAUGUACCACCACCCCUACCAGAGAUCCCAGAGCAUGCUACCUACCUUCUUAUUGGUGCAGGGACGGCAUCGUUUGCUGCUCUCAGGGCGAUCAGAGCAAAUGACCCUAAAGCAAAGGUAUUAGUUGUAGGAGAUGAAGAAGCCAUGCCAUACAUGAGACCACCCCUAUCUAAAGAACUCUGGUUUAGUGAUGAUAAAGAAGGUGUUGAUAAUCUCAAGUUCAAGCAAUGGAAUGGAAAGGAAAAGAGCAUUUUCUUUGAGCCAGAUGCAUUUUACUGCAAACCAUCUGAGCUACCAACAAAGGAGAAUGGAGGAGUCGCGGUACUCAAAGGGCACAAGGUCAAGGGGCUCAACGUUCAGAAAAAGAAAGCAACGUUGGAAGAUGGAUCAGUCAUUUCAUUUGACAAGUGCCUUAUUGCUACAGGUGGUGUUCCAAGGAAUCUUGCUUCAAUAGAAAAGGCUGGGUCAGAGGUCAUGGAGAGGACAACACUUUUCAGAAAUAUUAAUGACUUCAAAUCUUUAGAUAAAGCGACUCAGGAUGCUAAGUCUGUUGCUAUCAUUGGAGGUGGUUUCUUGGGGAGUGAGCUGGCCUGUGCUCUUGGCAAGAGAGGAAAAGAGACUGGAAUGAAAGUCAUGCAAUUUUUCCCUGAAGCCGGAAACAUGGGCAGAGUGCUUCCAGAGUACCUCAGCAAAUGGACCACAAAUAAAGUCUCAAAUGAGGGUGUUGAAGUCCAUGCAGAUAUGUUUCUAAAGAAUGUUUCUUUCGAUGGUGAUUCCAAGCAAGUAGAGCUACAGUUCAGUAAUGGUGAUAAGGUAGAUGCUGACCAUGUGGUAGUAGCAGUAGGACUUGAACCCAACGUUGGUCUUGCAGAGAGCUCAGGGUUAGAGGUCGAUGAUAAGUUUGGAGGUUACAGGGUCAAUGCUGAGUUAGAAGCUCGCAGAGAUGUGUGGGUGGCUGGUGAUGCAUCAUGUUUCUAUGACAUCAAGCUUGGUCGUCGUCGUGUAGAGCAUCAUGAUCAUGCCGUAGUGAGUGGAAGACUAGCAGGAGAGAAUAUGACAGGAGCUGCUAAACCAUACUGGCAUCAAUCAAUGUUCUGGAGUGAUUUAGGUCCUGAUGUUGGGUAUGAAGCCAUUGGUAUUGUUGAUUCUAGUUUACCAACCUUUGGUGUAUUUGCUAAGGCUACAGCAGAGGAUACACCUAAAGCAGUGGUAGAAGCUACUGGAGAAGGAAUACGAUCAGAAACAGAACAGGCUGCAGUAGAAUCUACCCCAACACCUACGGCUCCAACUAUCUCAGAGGAUUAUGGAAAGGGUGUGGUAUUCUACAUGAAGGAUAAGGUGGUAGUAGGCAUGGUGCUAUGGAAUAUCUUCAACAAAAUGCCCAUCGCAAGAAAGGUGAUCAAGGAAGGAAAAGAAUAUGACAAUGUCAGCGAGCUAGCCAAGCUCUUCAACCUCCAUAAAUCAGAAGAGAGCUGAAUCCCUCCAUACAAUUCAAAAUUAGACUAUUAUAGAGAAAUAUAAAUUAUGAUUUGGGAGAAUUAUGUUAAAAUGAGUAUACCAGGCCCCGGUUUCACAAAGCUUGGUGAUUGAUAAUUAUGUGCUAAUCAAGCAUACAAAUCAACUGUACAAUCAAUGACUGAGCUUUGCGUUACUGGACCCUUUGAAAGUAUCAUGCCAGGGAUACCAUAGCCCUAUGGGAUUCAUGUGUAUUAAAUACUGCCAUUGGCAUGUAAAGAGUGAAGGCAAUUACUAAAGGCUUUGUAACUUUGCAGUGGAACGAACUCGUAAAAAUGAGAAUGCCAUAGGGCAUUUUCACAUUUUGAUAGUCGGUUGGAAUACAAUAAACCUUGUUUGAAGCCAAUUAAUGGAACUUAAAAAAUCAUGGUGACAAUGUUUGUUGGAAAUUCAACUUUAAUACCUCAUAAAAUCAAAUUUGAAUUGUCUUGUGAAUUUAUAAACCUUCCAAUAUGCAAGGUAGAUCAUUUAAAUAGGUAAGAAAUUCCCUUCUCUUAUAUCUUGUCCAAGAUUCAUAUUGACUUCAUUUAGAUUUCCUUGCCUUAUUUAAUAUUUCUUGAAUUUGCACUUUUUGUUUCUCUGAAAAAGAAUGUCAUGAAAAAUUAUGAACAAUUUCAUAUUUUGGAAAGCAGGAAUGCAUUUGAUACAGCACUUUGAAAAUGUGUGCAUAUAUAUACUUGCCAACUGUUCCAACGCCUCAUAUAGGAAUUCUAGAAUUAUCCAUAUUUUUUAUAAUACAUGAUAAUUUAUUCCUAUGGUCACCAGGUUGGCAGUUAUAGUGUGUGGUCCCCAAGUCAUGAAAUGACAAAUGAUAUUGUACAAGGUAAUUAAAGUAUUGAGGAUUGCAAGAUACAGAUGCGUUGAUAUUUAAUAUUGGACACCUUCAAUUCAGGAAACAUAUUUUUGUUAUUUAAUACGGUAUCAUGUCCCAACGAGUAUUCAGCAACAGCAUUUAUGUAUGAUUUGAAUUUAUGGUCACUAUCAUGUGUUUUGCCAAUUCUGUGCCUUGAGUAGAAGUAUUUGUACAAUGUUUGUAGUGAUACAAUCUAUUGCAAUGUAUUAAAUUUGUUAAUCACUUAAAGUGGUGUUCUAUUCCUGCCGGGGCAAUCCUUGUUAAUUGCAUCUGUGAGAAUAUGAAUGCAAUAAUGAGAUUAAUAAAGAAAUCUGAAACAAUAACAAUGUAUCUAUGGAAUGCCCAGAUAUGAAGAAUUCCUUUCUCCAGCUACAACUAAUUGUAUUUGAAAAUAUGACAGUCAGAAUGCGAAUUGCAGAUAUUAUUUUAGCUGUAACAUUUGACCAAAAUAAUAAUUCAUGAGAUAUGCAAUUUGCAUGAAAAUUAAUAUUGGUUUCUUAUUCAAUUCCCAGAAGCGUAAAUACCAGGAAGCAUGGGAUUUUUAUAUAGGAAUAUACUAACAGCUAGACCAAUCAUAAUCUGAGAAACAUGAUUGUAUCUCACUUAAGAUUGAUACUAGCCAUUAGUGAAACUGUCCUUGUAGUCAGUUUGUUUGGUAAUAAAACAUUACAAUGAACAGAAUCAAUCACAUCCAACCACUUCAUAGACACGUGCAUUCACUUGGAUUACAAAUUGAAUCAAAUCGUACGGGACAAGGUGGAAAAAUAAUAAUAAUCUGUGAUCAUAGCUUGUGUCGGCUUGAUCACCCUAAAUGCUUGAAUCUGCUUGAAUCCAGAAGGCAAUACUUCAUAUACUUUAACAUAGCUGAAAGCUUUCUGGUUCUAAACAGAUAGUAUUCUCUUUGAGAAUCAGAAAGGUAUUAAAUCUGUAAACAUAACACCCUUCUGUUUCUCAAUGAGGCAAUAUAUAUAUUAUGAGUUCUUAUUGUGUGAAAACUGAACUGUGCUACAGUCAGAGUACGUUUAUGAAAUGUACACAGGUAUAUUUGAUGAAAAGAGAUUUUAUUAAAUAAAAUCAAGAGAAAUGCUAUCAAA